AUGGAGGGGAAUUCGGGUGGUGGCGGCGGCGGCGGAGGGGGUGAUGUGGAGCUGCUCUGUAAAACGUUACAGGUGGAGCAUAAGCUUUUCUACUUCGACCUCAAGGAGAAUCCACGGGGUAGAUACCUCAAAAUCUCCGAGAAGACGUCAGCCACCAGGUCCACCAUCAUCGUGCCCUUCAACGGUAUCUCCUGGUUCUUGGAUCUCUUCAACUACUACGUCAAUUCUGAUGAACAGGAAGUCUUCAGCAAGGAACUCCAGCUCGACACGAAGGCAACC